AUGGCCUCUCUUCGUGUUCUACCAAUGCGCCUCAGCAUCAUGACCAUGUUGGUCUUGAUGUUGACAAUGGCUUUGGCUCGUCCUGCUACAGGGGCUGUGACUCGGGGUCUUCCCAAGAAUCCUGAGCACGAUCCAUUCUACCAGCCUCCUGCAGGCUUUGAGUCCCAGGCGCCCGGAAGCAUUCUGCGCCAGCGGAAAGUCGGAGCCGCGAUCUUCGGCUUGAUCCCUGACCCGGUCGAAGCCCAUCAGCUUCUGUACCGCACCACGGCGAUCAAUGGCUCGGCCAUUGCCACCGUGACGACGGUUUUCAAGCCCAAGUCCCCCAAGAAGGACCGCUUUAUCUCGUUCCAUACGGCCUACGACAGUUCUGCGGCCAUCUGCAAUCCGAGCUACAACUACCAGCUGGGUGCACCGCAAACCGACCUGAUCUCCUCGGUAGAGAUGUUCAUCAUCCAGGCCUACCUGCUGUUAGGCUAUGUGGUUGCCUCGCCUGACUAUGAAGGCCCCGAUGUGGCAUUUUCUCCCGGUCACCUUGAGGGCAUGGGUGUCUUGGACAGCAUGCGCGCCGUGUCCAACUUCAAAGACACGCUGGGUCUUACCAGUGGCAAGCCCAUGAUUGUCGGCACCGGGUACUCUGGCGGUGCCAUUGCCACGGGCUGGGCUGCUUCCCUGCAGCCGGCCUAUGCGCCCGAGCUCGACAUCAGGGGCUGGGUGCAAGGCGGCACACCGGCAAACCUCACGGGCACCCUGCUGUUCAUUGACAACACCGCCUUUAGCGGCUUCAUCCCUGCAGCCGUGGCCGGACUCAACAAGCCAAGCACCUACGCCGCACAGCUCAGUCCUCUGAUCAACCGCAUUUUGACCCCCAAGGGCCGAAAGACGCUCGAGUUCGCCAAUUCGCACUGUGCCGUCGGCGACCUGCUGGGCUUCGCGGAGCAAUCCCUGUUCUCCAAGGACAUUCAAACCCUGGGAUGGGAUCUUCUGAACAACCCGACCAUUCGCUCAGUUCUGUCCCAAAACACCAUGGGUGUCAACAAGAAGGAAACCCCCACGGCACCCGUGUUCGUGUACCAUGCCACCCAGGACGAGAUCAUCCCCUACAGCAACGCGACGACGCUGGUGACAUCGUGGUGCCACAACGGCGCAGAUGUCAAAUUCACGACGUAUGGCAAUGGAGGCCAUGCCACGACCGAGGUCAUUGCUCUUCCCGACGCGAUCAAGUUUGUCGAGGCCGCCUUUAAUGGCACCGCGGCCCACGGCUGCUCGCAAAACACCGAGCUCAAAAGUACCCUCAACCCCGUCGCGCUGGGUGUCGAGUUGGAGCCGGUUCUCACUAAGCUUCUUGAGGCGCUUGCGUCGGCAGGGAAGCAGGAUGCCAAUAUCAAGAAAAACAUCGAUGUCCUAAAAACGCAUGUUUCUUGA